AUGCCAAGUCCAGGUUCAGACGAACACUAUCUUAGAUUCUUUGAGUCCUACGCUCGUUCUCCAAGAAAUGACCUUAUGAUGAUCCCGAAGGAACCAGGCGAUUUCAGAGAAAGAGUUGAAAGAGAAACCAUCAGAGGUCGUUAUGGUGUUUUCCACUAGACUCUUGAAUAAUACUUGAACAGACAGCGGAGAGCAUACACCGUUCCUCGUCUGGUUUUAUUCUGGUUAGGCUCAUUUGCAUUCAUGCAACAUGCAUUUUUUGCAUUCAAUCAGACUUUCCAAAACCUAGCAAGCAAUGGCAAAUUCUCUAAUCAUCCCAACUACAAGCUUCUUGAGCCAAUCUAUUCUGGCUUCUACUUGCUAAGACCUGUUUUCUUGUCUUACAUUUUUUACAGAAUGACCAAGCUAAUGGGAGUAAUGGUCAUAAGACACUAAACUUAAUUAAAGUUACACAGAUUAAUAGCUUUCUAAGUUUAAGCUAUGAUGCACUCUAGGGUAUUAAAACUCUUAAACUAAAAGUGCUAAUGCCACCUUGAUUCAAAAGUCUGGCAAGUUAUUAAGCCAACCAAAAGAUGUAAUGCAAAUCCCAGAUCAAAAAAUUCAGUUGUAAUUAUGGCAUACCAACUUCACUAUGCUGUCCAAAUAAAAAUAGAUAUGAGGAAUUUAAGGUUCUAUCAGAUAUGCUAAAGAAUCACAUAUGUGGUAAAGUAUGCCUAUGGAUUUAUUUAAGAUGAAAAUUCCUAUUUGAAAGAGACAUGGUCACAGAUGGAUUUCUUCAUCGUUGUGACCUCACUUAUUGAUACCACUAUUAGUGGUGUGAACCUACCAAUUAUUAAAAUCAUAAGACUUUUGUGUAUUCUAAGGCCUUAAAGGUUCAUAUCACAUAAUUCCUCUAUGAAAACUGUUGUUAUAGCUCUUCUUUCUUCAAUGGGAGCUAUCUUCAAUGUGGGUAUUGUGGUUGUUUGUAUAUUUUUGAUGUUCUCAAUUCUUGGUGUAAAUCUGUUUGCUGGAAAAUUAUAGUAUUGCACUGUAGACACCUAUAUAAUUGGAGAUAAUGUGACUUGCUUUAAAUAGAGAGGAGAGUGGAAAACUUACAAUUAAAACUUUGAUAAUGUCAUUCAAGGAAUGCUGACUUUAUUCUCUGUCGCUACAUUAGAGGGAUGGCCUGAUCUUAUGUAUACAUACACAGAUAUUACUGGAGUUGAAAGUGGACCAAAGCCUAAUGCAUCUCCUACUAAUUCUUAUUUCUUCGUUGCAUUUGUGUUUAUCGGAGCCUUUUUCUUUAUGAAUCUCUUCGUCGGAGUCUUGUUUAUGAAUUUCGAAGCAGCCUAAAGAGAUGAAAAAGAAGCACUUCUGUUAGAGGGUCACGAGGUUAAAUGGGUAGAUAUGAUGAAGAUGAUAGUUGAUGCGAAACCUGAAAUUAUUAAGAUCCCUAAGAAUAAGAUUUCAAUUUUUAUGUACGCAUUCACAAAAGGAGAAAGUAAAUUUGACUUCUUUAUUAUGAUCUGCAUUAUUCUGAAUAUGGUAUAAAUGGCUAUGACCUAUGAGGGUAUGACAGUUGAGUACACUAAAGGUCUUGAGUUCUCAAACUACUUCUUUACUGCUGUCUUCACUCUUGAGUGCGUCUUCAAGUUGAUUGGUAAUGGCUCAGCUUAUUUCAUACCUGGUUGGCAUAAAUUUGACUUCUUUGUGGUCUGUUCAAGUUACAUAGAUAUAGUAAUGGCUUAACUUUCAGCGACUUCCCUUAAAUUCCUAAGAGUAGGACCAUAAUUAGCCAGAGUUCUCAGAGUGCUUAGAGUGAGUAGACUAUUCAGAUUGCUUAACAAAUACAAGGGUCUUCAAGCUUUACUUCAGACUAUUACAUUCUCACUCCCAUCUCUAUUUAAUGUCUUUGCUUUGCUAAUGCUAGUAUAUUUUAUCUUUGCAGUUUUAGGAGUGUUUAUGUUUAAUGGUAUAACCUAAGGAACAUAGAUUGAUCCAAUUUACUUCAACUUCUAGAACUUUUCACAAGCUAUGAUUAUUUUGCUUCGAAUAUCUACAGGAGAAGAUUGGCCUCUAAUUAUGUAUGAUACAAUGAAUACAAGUUCAGAAUGUAUUCCAGGCAAAAACUGUGGACUCAGUUAUGCUCCUAUAUUCUUUAUCAUAUUCGUCAUGAUUUAAUCCUACGUUAUGCUCAAUCUUUUCAUUCUGAUUAUUUUGCAGUAAUUUGAACUCUAUUAUCUGCCAAAUGACAAUAUUCUGCAGUAAUUCAGAAAUGAUUUGGACACCUUCAAACUAACUUGGGCUAAGUAUGCCAAAGAAUUCACUGGAAUCAAGAUAAGAGCUAACGAUCUAGUAUCAUUUUUCAAACAUUUGGGAGGAAAACUUGGCUUCGGCAAUGUGAGUGAAUCUGAAAUGCUAAGAAAUAUCGUCAAAAUGAAUCUAGAAAGUGACGAGGAAGGUUUUAUUUACUUUAAUGAGCUCCUAUAUAAGACGAUGAAGAGAACUUAUGGAACCGAAAGAACUAAGAAGAAGAUUUUGAUUGAUAUCGAAUUGAAGACCUUGGAAAGAUUACAAAAAAUCAAAUCAAAAACUAUUUCAAAGGAAAGAAAGACCGAAAGAAUUAAAGCUGUUACAGUUAAUCCAUUUUUGGCUGUUAUGUACAAGAAUAUGUCGUUCAAGGCAUGGACAAAACAAUACAAGGUAAAUGUGCCUAAGAGAGCUGAAGAGUAAGAUUUUGGAUUGGAGAGAGACAGCUCUGAAGAGGAAUAGAGUCAGGAAAAUAUAAAGAUAGAUGAUGAUGAGUAUGAGUAUGUAACUGAAUAGGAUUUAUCAUGCGACGAGGAUGAUUUAUCAGAGCUUGAGAAUUCAGCUAAGAAUAUAAACCUCGAGAAAUCAGUCAAUGCUUUAAUCCAUGACUUGAAUCUUCACACUCCUAUGGAAUAGUAAGAAGCUAACAACACUCAGUUCUCAAGUCAGCCACUUCUCUUAAACAAUAAUCAAAGCGGCAAUGAUAUUUCAAACAAACUCAUAGGCAUCGAAGACAGGAGUAUGGUUGAGUAAUAAUAACCAAAUUCUGGCACAUUUAAGAUCAAAUUGCAGCAAGCUACUUAGAUGCAGAGAAAUUCAAGUACCGAUAACUAAGCAAUUAGUCCUCCAGUCCACAGGUCACCUGAAUUAAACUUGAAACUAGACCUGAACAAGGCUAGAUUAAGUCACAACCAUGACAUCAGUCAAUUCUAAAAGUAGGAGUAUGAAGGAGAUUCCUCUGAGGAGUCAGAGGACGGAGAUAGCUCUCCCGAUGUAAAUGAAAAUGAUAAUGUAGACAGGUAUGUUGAGGCUGUUGAGAGAAAAUCCUCAAAAACCUCUUUGGAUAAGCAAUACUCUACUAGAGAUAAACUCGUUAAAAAGAAUCAAUGA